AUGAAGCUGAAGCUCGGUUCGCAAGGCAGCGGCGCCGAAGAAAGCACCGAAAGUCCCCUUGACGACCUCCCCAUGGACCACGGCCUCACCGCAUGGCUGCAGGUAGUCGCAAGUUGCAUCAUGUGUUCGACGACCUGGGGCCUCACAAACACCUUCGGCGUGUUCCAAGCCUACUACAUGAACGACCUCAUCCCCUCCUCGUCCGCUUCAGCCAUCUCUUGGAUCGGAAGCAUCCAGCUCUUCCUCGCAAUGGGUGUUGGCGCGCCGGUCGGAAUUGCCCUCGAUGCGGGAUAUCUGCGCACACUUAUCGCUGCUGGCACGGUGCUUGAAGUCCUGGGCAUGCUGCUUACGGCCCAGUGCACCAAAUAUUGGGAGUUGUUCUUGGCACAAGGCGUGGUCGCAGGCCUCGGUAUGGGCAUGCUAGGUCUCACUUCGCAGGCCGUAAUACCCCUAUGGUUCAAGAAGAGGAGGGCAUUGUGUUCCGGGAUCGCAGCAGCGGGCAGCAAUAUCGCCGGCGUCGCGUACAGCAUCAUGCUACGCCAUCUCUUCUACUCGAUCGGCUUCUCUUGGGCUGUGCGCAUUCUCGCCUUCCUCCUCUUGGCAUUUACAGCCUUCUGCUUCGCUGUUAUGCGCCUCCGAGGCGGCCCCCCUAAACAGCCCAGAAGCAUGUUCAACAUCCACCAUUUCCGCGACAUGCCCUACACGAUCUUCACAGUCGGCUUCGUGCUCAUGAUCACGGCCGUCUACAUCCCCUACUUCUACAUCUCCGAGUACGCCAUCCUGCUCGGCCUAGACGCCUCAUUCGCUUUCUACCUUCUCGCAAUAGCGAAUGCGGGAGCCCUCCUCGGGAGGUUGAUCCCGAACUACGUCGCCGAUCGCGUGGGCGCCCUCAACACGCUGAUCCCGUGCACGCUGCUGGCCGCGCUUUUCGCCCUCUGUCUGUACACUACCUCUACUCUCAGGUCUUUGGCAACUGUGAGUUGCCUCUAUGGCUUCAUGUCUGGCGCGCUGACGUCGCUGAGUCCGGCAAUCCUGGCGAAUUUGACCGCGCAUCCGUCGCAGAUUGGCACAAGGAUGGGCAUGGCGUACACGCUCGCUGCCUUCGGCGGGCUGGUGGGUAACCCGAUUGCGGGCGCGCUGAAGACGGACGCGGAGCCGGGAGAUGAGGUGCAAGUAGUCCAGAGAGCAUUUCUGGGCGGGUGGACCUUCUGUGCGGUUGUGUUGGUUAUUUCAGCGGGGAUCUUCACCUACGUGAGGUGCAUGAAAGCGGGUUGGGGGAGGGGGAAGGUGUGAGUGGUAAGAUGCUGCGUUGCGUUCUGAGGCCUGGGCCAGCUGGUUGAGGGCACUCGGACAGUGGUGCGAUGGAAUGGGAUAGGCGUCUGGCAUUUGUGGUUUUUGAGGUACGGGUAUGGUAGACACCCCCAUUUCAAAAAGGACGGUAAUGUGUGUCCAACCUCAACCUGCUUCUGCUUCAACACCUUCAUCCGCCGCCUCAAGUCCCUUCACGACUUUUCACGAGUCUUUGUCUCGACAAUGUCUGCGGUUUUGAACGAUUGCGAACCUCGUUGAGCCACCUCAAACGGUUGCACGACGCUAUAUCUACAUGCCCUAUCGCUCAUGCCUUCAAU